AUGGAAAAGGGGGACCAAGAGAGAGAACAUGAUUUUCCCCAAGGCUUGAGGGACCAGCUUAGGAAAUGCCAACAGGAGUUGGACGAUGUAAGCACCUCGCUGCAGAAAAUCAUCAGCCAACUUGUCCAGGUGGAACAAGAGUUGGCCCGAGAAGAAUUGGCCCAGGAAGAAUUGGCCAGGGCCCAGAGAGGGAAAACUCAGCGGACUGCAGCAGGGAUCCAGACAGAGCCCCAGGUGCAGCAGGGUAUUGUGGGAACCCAGGCUCGACUACCCAUUGAACAAGCUAGAAGACAAGACCUCUCCAACAGAGAGAGGCCCAAGAAGGGAGCUUGGUCUGUGAUAGAGCUGUUUGUGAACAGGCUUGACUCUGUGGAAUCUGUUCUUCCCUAUGAAUAUACUGCAUUCAAUUUUUGCGAAGCAAAAGAUGAGAAACGUCCAUCUGAAAAUCUUGGUCAAGUAUUGUUUGGAGAGAGAAUAGAACCAUCACCAUAUAAGUUUACAUUUAAGAAGGAAGAGAAAUGUAAAUCUGUUUGCACAAAAGUAUAUGACCCAAAAAACCCAGAGCAUAAGCAAAAACUGGACUUCUUGAAAAAAAGCAUAUUAUUGAACUAUCAACAUCAUUGGAUUGUGGACAACAUGCCAGUAACUUGGUGCUAUGAUGUUGACAACAACCAGAAGUUUUGCAAUCCUGGAUUUCCUAUUGGCUGUUUUACUACAGAAAAAGGUCAUCCAAAGGAUGCCUGUGUCAUUAAUGCAGAGUUUCGUGAAGAAGAUACCUUUUACAUAUUCAACCAUGUAGAUAUUAAGAUAUUCUACCAUGUUGUAGAAAAGGAGGCGGUAGGAGCAAGACUAGUAGCUGCUAAACUUGAACCAAAAAGCUUCAAACAUACAGAUAUAGAUAACCCUGACUGCUCAGGACUACCCAUGGGUAUAAGUAACAAGGCUAAUGGGGAGAUCAAAAUUGUUUACACAUACUCAGUUAGCUUUCAGGAAGAAGAAAAGAUAAAAUGGGCAUCCAGAUGGGAUUAUAUUUUAGAAUCCAUGCCACACACCCAUAUUCAGUGGUUUAGCAUCAUGAAUUCCUUGGUGAUUGUCCUUUUCCUGUCUGGGAUGGUAGCUAUGAUCAUGUUAAGGACACUACAUAAAGACAUUGCAAGAUAUAAUCAGAUGGAUUGCACUGAAGAUGCCCAGGAGGAAUUUGGCUGGAAACUGGUUCAUGGAGACAUAUUCCGGCCCCCAAGAAAAGGAAUGCUACUCUCUGUUUUUCUAGGCUCUGGCACACAGAUCUUAAUUAUGACUUUUGUUACUCUGUUUUUUGCUUGCCUGGGAUUUUUGUCGCCUGCUAACCGAGGAGCAUUGAUGACCUGUGCUGUGGUCUUGUGGGUGCUGCUUGGAACUCCAGCAGGUUACGUUGCUGCCAGAUUCUACAAAUCUUUUGGUGGUGAGAAAUGGAAAACAAAUGUCCUGCUGACAUCAUUCCUUUGUCCUGGAAUUGUAUUUGCGGAUUUCUUUAUCAUGAACCUCAUUCUUUGGGGAGAAGGAUCUUCAGCAGCUAUUCCCUUUGGAACUUUGGUUGCUAUUUUGGCACUUUGGUUUUGCGUAUCUGUGCCACUGACAUUUAUUGGUGCCUACUUUGGUUUUAAGAAAAAUGCUAUUGAACACCCAGUUCGUACCAAUCAGAUUCCUCGUCAGAUUCCUGAACAAUCAUUCUACACAAAACCAUUACCUGGCAUUAUCAUGGGAGGGAUUCUGCCCUUUGGGUGCAUCUUUAUACAACUUUUCUUCAUUCUAAAUAGUAUUUGGUCCCAUCAGAUGUAUUAUAUGUUUGGCUUCCUAUUUCUUGUGUUCAUUAUUUUGGUUAUUACAUGUUCUGAGGCCACUAUACUGCUUUGCUAUUUCCAUCUGUGUGCAGAGGAUUAUCACUGGCAGUGGCGUUCCUUCCUUACCAGUGGUUUUACUGCAGUUUAUUUUCUGAUAUAUGCAAUACACUAUUUCUUUUCUAAACUGCAAAUCACAGGGACAGCAAGCACCAUUUUGUACUUUGGUUACACCAUGAUAAUGGUUUUGAUCUUCUUUCUUUUCACAGGUAAGUGUAUUGAAACCUUGGUUCUUGAUAUUGCUAGCUCUAAUUUUAGUUGAGUGUGCAGUGGAACA